AUGGCCUUUGGACAGAAAGCGGGGACCGGGCGGCCGCGCGGGCGCCCGCCAAAGGACCCCCAGCUGCGCGCGCAGUAUGACGAGCAGGUCCGUGGGUACAGUUCGGAUAGCAAGGCGCGCAAGAUCGACAGUUUCGACUCGCCGCGUGGCAGCGUGCUCGACGUGCAGCUCGCGCACCAGAAUGCGGAGGACCUCGACGGCGUGCUCCAAGACCUCCGUGCGCGGUACGAGAAAGGGAUCGACGACCGUGUCGCCGAGGCUGUGCGUGAGCGCGAGGCGAUCCAGGCGCAGUUUGACCGCCUCAAGGAGCUGCGCGUGACGCAGAGCGAAAAGACCCUCGCCGAAGUCAAGAAGGCGAGCGACGCGCGGAUACGGCACAUGGCCGAUACCGCGAAAGGGUGGAAACAGCGCGCCGAGCACGCCGAGCACCGCCUCACCGAGCUCGAGGAGCACGGCGGAGGGGGCGAGCCGAGCGGCCGUGUGAAGCAGCUCGAGGACCAGCUCGCGGCGCUCCAGCGCGAGCUCGCAUCGGUCCAAGACGAGCGCGAGGCACUUGCGACGCAGUCCAAAGCCCCCCGCGCGUCCGACGACGACCUGGCGAUCCGGCGCCUGUACGAAGACCUCACCGGCUUCACCGUGACCGAGGUGGAGCGCGCCGAGCCCGGGAGCGACUUUCGGCGCUUCCACCUGCUCUUUUCGGGUGCCAACUACCACGAAUUGCAAUGCACGCUCGAAGAGACGCAGCAGCGCAUUGGCUCGCAUCCAGCACGGUCCACCUCCACGGCCGAGGUGCGCAACGACCUCAUCUAUAUUCCCUACUUGGACGACGAACGCGACGCGGCGCUGCUGGCCUCGACACGCGUCCCGGACCACUUUUUGCAGCAGAUCAAGUUCGAUCGUGCUGUCACUACGAAUUUCCUCGCCACACUGCUUCAAGCACUCCGGAAGUAG